ACAAAUUCUCCAAAAUGGGACACUUCAUCGUGACACACACGACAGCACAAAUAUCAGUUCGCUACAUCGUCUCCCAACAUGGCAUUCCAACCACACUCAUCUCCGACCGAGACCCCAAGUUCACCAGCAUGUUCUGGAAGGAACUAAUGUCUCUGCUCGGGACGAAACUCACCAUGUCAUCCGCCUACCAUCGGCAGACAGAUGGACAGAUCGAGCGCCUCAACCAAAUUGUGGAGCAACUCCUCCGCGCAGCUUGGAAAGAUGAAGUCUCUAAAUGGGACUUGCAUCUGCCCGUCCUGGAGUUUGCCUACAACAAUGCCACUUACGCCGCUACUAGACAGACGCCGUUCUUCCUCUACUACGGACGCCACCCACUCACGCCACAAAAACCAACAGCAUCAGCUACUGUCCAACCCGCACACAACUUCAUCACAACCAUGCAUCACCUUUGGGAUCGGACCCACAAGCGCCUUCUCGACAUUCAGCAGCAACAGAAGCGCCAGGCCGAUCGCCACCGCACUGACCACACCAUCACCGUGGGAGACCAAGUCCUACUUGACACCCUCAAUAUCAACAUCAGACAUCUUCCAUCCAAACUGCGACCUUGCUUUUGCGGGCCCUUUCUCGGGAAGUCGGACCCUGGGGGGCGUGGUGGCGGGAGGGGUGGUGGGGGUGGCGGAGGUGGCGGCGGUGGUGGAGGGAAUAGUUGUGCAAACAAGGGGACCGGGGCUGAUGCUUCGGUGCAGCAGCUGCAGUCGCAGCAGUAGAAGCAAUCGCCGUGGGGACCCC